AUGGCCGAGCUGCUGCAAAGCCUGCGGGAUUCACAGCUCGUGGCGCGCUUCCAGCGCCGCUGCGGGCUCUUCCCGGCGCCGGAGGCUCCUGAAGAGAAGCAUGUUGUGAAGAAUUAUUUCUACUAUUACCUGUUCCGGUUUUCAGCUGCUUUGGGUCAGGAAGUGUUCUACAUCACAUUUCUCCCAUUCACCCACUGGAAUAUUGACCCUUAUUUGUCCAGAAGAUUAGUUGUGAUAUGGGUUCUGGUGAUGUACAUAGGCCAGGUGGCCAAGGACAUCCUGAAGUGGCCCCGGCCCCCCUCUCCUCCUGUUGUGAGACUUGAAAAGAGGAUAAUCGCAGAAUAUGGAAUGCCAUCCACCCACGCCAUGGCGGCCACCGCCAUUCCCUUCACCCUCCUCAUCUCUUCCAUGGACCGGUACCAGUACCCUUUCAUUUUAGGCCUGGCGAUGGCUGUGGUGUUUUCUACGCUGGUGUGUCUCAGCAGACUCUACACGGGGAUGCACACGGUCCUGGAUGUCCUGGGUGGCGUUCUGAUCACUGCAGUCCUCAUUGCCCUGACCUACCCGGCCUGGACCCUCAUCGACUCCCUGGACUCCGCCAGCCCCCUCUUCCCUGUGUGUGUCAUUGUCGUCCCGUUCAUCUUGUGCUACAAUUACCCUGUGUCUGACUACUACAGCCCGACCAGGGCGGACACCACCACCAUCGUGGCUGCCGGGGCUGGAGUCACCCUAGGAUUCUGGAUCAACCACUUCUUCCAGCUGGUGUCCAAGCCCACCCCAUCUCUUCCUGUGCUUCAGAACAUCCCACCCCUUACCACUGACAUGCUGGUUUUAGGGCUGACCAAAUUUAUGGUGGGGAUCAUGUUAAUCCUCUUGGUUCGUCAGCUGGUGCAAAACCUCUCCCUGCAAGUAUUAUUCUCCUGGUUUAAGGUAGUUACUAGGAACAAGGAGGCCAGGCGAAGACUGGAGAUUGAAGUCCCUUACAAGUUUGUCACCUACACCUCUGUUGGCAUCUGUGCCACAACCUUUGUGCCAAUGUUGCACAGGUUUCUGGGAUUGCUCUGA